AUGGAGCGCCGUCUCAGGAGAUACUCAUCGCCUAACAACACGGCGGCGUACCUCCGCUACUUGAAGCCCGGCGCGUUGGCUCAACUCAGGGACUCACGAAUCAGUGCCUCCAGAACUCACCGAGUCACUAAAUCGCUGUUCCAGGCUCAGAUCUGUGCUUCUACGCUUCGGUCUUCUGCAGCUGCUUCCCCUGGCUCGCCUACGCAGACCAACUGGCCUCCGUCCUCUCCCAAGUUCUUAUCGGGCCGGAUCUGCGGCCCGUGUUGCCCUCAGAGGAAGAAGCUUAUGGCUGCUAGAGCUGUUUUCAUCUCUAGCCCGAACUUCUCAGGAACCGUCCCGGAUUCACCCGGCCAGCGUAUGGAUUUGUUCGGUGGGAGUGAAAAUAGUGCCAAUAAUAACAUUCUAGUGGCACAUUGA